AACCAAACACCGGCCCGAGAACCUCACCGGAAAUUCAAAAAACAUCUGUUAGUUUUACCCCCACCAUUUUCCCGGGAAAUAAACACCCCGUUUCUCUCUCCUUCGUAACUCCGGUGACCUGAACUUUAUGAAAUAACCAAAAUGACCCCACCUUUUCCAAAAACCACUCUCCUUUUUCUUCCUCUUCUUCUCGGUCUCCUACCCUCAAAUGUAAAUUCCCAAUUUUCCACCGCCGAACGGACAAUCCUACUGAACCUUAAAGAGCAGUGGGGUAACCCACCAUUGAUCCAGUCAUGGAACUCCACAUCCUCACCGUGCAUUUGGCCGGAGAUUCGAUGUUCCGGCAACGGCACGGUCACCAGAAUAAUCCUCCCAGAAAAAAACAUCAACGGAAAAAUCCCAAAGUCCAUCUGUGACCUCGAAAACCUCUCUUUCCUCGACCUCAGCCUCAAUUACAUUCCCGGAAACUUCCCUACAGUUCUGUACAGUUGCUCAAAGCUUCAACACUUGGACCUCUCUCAGAACUACUUUGUGGGUCCUAUUCCGGCUGAUAUUGACCGGCUCCCAGCUCUUCAGUACCUGAAUCUAGGCGCCAACAACUUCACCGGUAACGUCCCACCGACGAUCGGGAAUUUGCCGGAGUUGCAGACUCUGUACUUGUUCCAAAACUUGUUGAAUGGCACUUUUCCGGAGGAAAUCGGAAAUUUAUCCAAUCUUGAAGAACUGGGUAUGGCUUAUAAUGAGUUUAUACCCAUGGAAAUACCGCCGGCGUUCGGAAAGAUGAAGAAAUUGACGUAUAUGUGGAUGGCGGCGACGAAUUUGGUGGGCGCUAUACCGGAAAGUUUGGUGAAUCUUACGAGUCUUGAGCACUUGGAUCUGUCUAUGAACAACUUGCAGGGAAGAAUUCCAAGUGGGUUGUUCCUGCUGAAGAAUCUAAGUAUUGUAAUUUUGUACAGUAACAGAUUGACUGGUGAAAUUCCGUCAGUGAUCGAGUCACUGAAUUUGACCCAGAUUGAUAUUUCAAUGAACAAUUUGACAGGAACAAUACCGGAGGCAAUCGGAAAGUUACAGCAAUUGGAGCUUUUGAAUCUAUUUUCAAAUCAGUUUUUUGGGCAAAUCCCACCAAAUAUAGGCCUAAUUCCAACCCUGAAAAACUUUCGGGUUUUCAGAAAUAAACUGAGUGGAGACUUACCAGCUGAAUUAGGCCUUCAUUCGAAGCUUGAAGCAUUUGAGGUCUCCGAAAAUGGGUUCACCGGACAAUUACCGGCAAACAUAUGCGCCGGAGGGACUUUGUUUGGUUUAGUUGCUUUCUCCAAUAACCUCACCGGAGAAGUUCCAAAAUCACUUGGCAAUUGUGAUAGUCUCCGCACAGUUCAGCUCUAUAACAACAAUUUUUUCGGCGACGUUCCUUCCGGCGUUUGGACAUCGCUGAAUUUGACAAGCUUAAUGCUGAGUCAUAACUCGUUUUCCGGCGAACUUCCGAGCAAAGUAGCAUGGAAUUUGUCGAGAUUGGAGCUCAGUAACAACAAUUUUUCAGGUCAAAUUCCGACUGGCGUAUCUUCUUGGACGAGUCUGAUGGUAUUGAAGGCCAGCAACAAUCUGUUUUCGGGUUCGAUUCCGGUGGAACUGACCAGUCUUUCUCAGCUUAUCACUCUCAUGUUUGAUGACUACCGGAGGAAGAAACACAGACGAGACAUCGCGACUUGGAAAUUAACCUCGUUCCAAAGAUUGGAUUUCACGGAGGUGAACAUUUUAUCAAGUUUGACAGAGAAUAACAUGAUCGGAAGUGGCGGAUCCGGCAAGGUAUAUCGAAUUUCCGUCAACCGAUCCGGCGAAUACGUCGCUGUUAAGAGGAUUUGGAGCAACAGAAAACUGGAUCACACCCUAGAGAAAGAAUUUCUAGCAGAAAUUGAAAUUCUAGGUACGAUUCGACACUCGAACAUAGUGAAAUUGAUGUGCUGCAUUUCGAGUGAAGAUUCAAAGCUUCUAGUGUAUGAAUUCAUGGAAAAUCAGAGUCUCGACCGGUGGCUACAUGGGAAGAAGAGGAAGAUGUCGUCGCUGGUGAAUAGUUCCGACCAUCGUGUUGCUUUGGAUUGGCCGACGAGGCUGCGAAUUGCCAUCGGAGCUGCACAAGGGCUUGCUUAUAUGCACCAUGACUGCUUUCCUCCAAUCAUUCAUCGAGACGUGAAGUCUAGCAACAUACUGUUGGAUUCGGAGUUCAAGGCGAGAAUUGCUGAUUUUGGUUUGGCCAAGAUUUUGGUGAAGCAGGGCGAGCCUAACACCAUGUCUGCCAUUGCUGGCUCCUUUGGUUAUCUUGCUCCAGAGUAUGCUUACACAACAAAAGUGAAUGAGAAGAUAGAUGUCUACAGCUUUGGAGUUGUGCUCUUGGAACUAGUGACUGGAAGGGAAGCCAAUGAUGGAGAUGAGCACACAAGCCUAGCAGAAUGGGCAUGGAAGCACUAUGGAGAGGACAAGCUCACAACUGAUGCAUUAGAUGAGGAGAUCAAGGAACCACGUCACUUAGAAGAAAUGACCACUGUUUUCAAACUGGGUCUCAUUUGUACUAGCACAUUGUCAUCUAAUAGGCCUUCCAUGAAGGAAGUUUUGCAGAUUCUUCAUCGUUGCAAUCUUGUGGAGGGUGAUGAAGGGAAAAAGGCGGGACACGAGUACGAUGUUGCUCCACUCCUCAGCGGUGAUGGUGAUAAGUAUCUAUACAGCUACAGGCGUACUAGUAAGGUCUCACAUGGAGAUGACGAUAAUUUGAUUCGCCUCGUGUGAUGUUCUGGCUAGUCAUGAAGCCAUGGUGUUGAUCUGCAAAUGCAAGGCCAAAAAUAACUUGUGCAAGCUCGAAGAAAUCGAGUCCACCCUGCGCUGUGAAGGCUUUACCUUAUAAAAGAAAUGUAAUAUCUGAGUUACUUUUAUGGUACCCGAAUGAAAUAAUAGAAUCCAUCGUCAUUCAUUUUACACAAUAUCUGUUUUAGGGAAAAUCUCACUUUGCCCCCCUAAAAGAUAACA